AUGAAACUGAACGUCACCGUCAGAGACGGACUUCACAUUCUGCAGAAACAUACGAGCAGUCUCGAUGUCCCGGACUUGCAGGCCCUUGCGAAGGACUAUCAUGUCAGCGCGAUGCCCAUCAUAUGCCGGAUGAUGAUCGCAAUUGCGGUGCAGCGCCCUCAUUGA